AUGGUUGCUACACUUGUUUCCAAGCGUCUUCGAUCAGUCCUCCUCCCUCAGUGUUUCAAAACACUCAAAUUCUCUGGAUCCUUGAAGAGGCUGGCUCACGAUAUGACGUCUUUUCUUUCCGGCGAUUUGAAGCACUUGAUGAUGACCCUUCUUCCUGUUCCCAAGUCUGUCACUAUUCGCUUCGAACCCUACAGUCGCGCCGAGGAACGUACAGAUUUGCACCUUUCGACACACAGAAUCGCGGUUAUCAGUAAAUUCAUCUCCAAGCUAUCUUCAAUUGAUCUGAUCUCUUUUGGCAAUCAAAUCAAGGACGAGAUUGACUUCGCUGAAGGAUUGGGCAACACACCAAAGUGGAAUGGUCCCAAAUCUGCCAUCUUUUGUAGUCGUAGGAACUUACUGAUUUUCAGUGCCCUCAUCAAACAUUUCGCCCCAAAUACUGUCAAGUCAGUUGAGCUUCCUCGCCUAACUGCAAAGAAUCAUCCUUUGGCCUUGAAAUCAGCAUUUCCAUUCCUCAAGUGGUUAAAGGCCGAUUUAACUUCGUUCAAGACCCGUUCGCGAACACUUGCCUGCAUGAGCAGCAAGCUUAUUCAGAGAUUCAAUUAUGACUUUCCGCACCUGGAAGUUCUUAUUCUUGAUCAGUUGGAUGUUGGUGCGUUUCUGUGGAGACGUGGCCGCAUCUACAAGAAAUCCCAGCUGCCAAACCUUAACGAGUACGUCGAGGAGCUUAUUACACGACUGAAGUCAAUGCCCCGAUUGCGGCGUUUCGCCUUUUCACUCCAAGAAGAUUGGCUCUGCCAUGAAUAUGACUGCGACAUGUUUCACAGGGUCUCAAGUCCAAGCGGAGACGAAUCAGACGACCCGAGUAAAAGCGAAUCAGAUGAUCCGAUGCAGGCCACUCUUGAGCCGAAUGAGUGGCCCUACUGGGUGCCCACCUCUGCUCAGCGGAAGUGGCAUUCGGAACUCAUUACUCGCAUUCUCGAGGCCGUUCCACAACUCAAGGAGCUUUGUAUCGUGCUGUGUACCGUGAAACUUUGGUACAAACAUUACCGAGGGACUAAGACCGACGGCAUCGUGACGGUUUGCCAAGAGGAAACUUGCUUUCCAGAGACGCCAGCCCAAUUCCCCUAUGGUUUUGCGGAUAUUGAUUGGUCUUGUUAA